UAUCCUGGCCCGCCCUGCCCGGCCCGCCCUGCGAGUCAGUCCGCUGGCUCCCUCCCUCCCCCAGCGCGCUCGGGCCGCCGCAGCGCUCCGCGCCCUCGAGCCGCCGAGCCGGAGCCGCCCGCCGCCCGCGGAGGAGGCGGAGGAGCCGGAGGGGCCCGCCGAGGCGGCGGCGGCGGCAAGAUGGCGGACUUCCUGCCGUCGCGGUCCGUGCUGUCCGUGUGCUUCCCGGGCUGCGUGCUGACGAGCGGCGAGGCCGAGCAGCAGCGCAAGUCCAAGGAGAUCGACAAAUGCCUGUCGCGGGAGAAGACCUACGUGAAGCGGCUCGUGAAGAUCCUGCUGCUGGGCGCGGGCGAGAGCGGCAAGUCCACCUUCCUCAAGCAGAUGCGCAUCAUCCACGGGCAGGACUUCGACCAGCGCGCGCGCGAGGAGUUCCGCCCCACCAUCUACAGCAACGUGAUCAAAGGUAUGAGGGUGCUGGUAGAUGCUCGAGAGAAGCUUCACAUUCCUUGGGGGGAUAACUCAAACCACCUCAAUGGAGACAAGCUGAUGGCAUUUGAUACGCGGACCCCCUUGACGGCCCAGGGAAUCGUGGAAACUCGAGUUUUUUUACAGUAUCUUCCUGCUAUAAGAGCAUUAUGGGCAGACAGUGGUAUACAGAAUGCCUAUGACCGGCGUCGAGAAUUUCAAUUGGGUGAAUCUGUAAAAUAUUUCCUGGAUAACUUGGAUAAACUUGGAGAACCAGAUUACAUUCCAUCACAGCAAGACAUUCUGCUAGCCAGAAGACCCACCAAAGGCAUUCACGAGUACGACUUUGAAAUUAAAAAUGUUCCUUUCAAAAUGGUUGAUGUAGGUGGUCAGAGAUCAGAGAGAAAACGUUGGUUUGAAUGCUUCGACAGCGUGACAUCAAUACUUUUCCUUGUUUCCUCAAGUGAGUUUGACCAGGUGCUUAUGGAAGAUCGUCUGACCAAUCGCCUGACAGAGUCUCUGAACAUUUUUGAAACCAUCGUCAACAACCGGGUUUUCAGCAACGUCUCCAUAAUUCUCUUCUUGAACAAGACAGAUUUGCUUGAGGAGAAAGUGCAAAUUGUGAGCAUCAAAGACUAUUUCUUGGAAUUCGAAGGGGAUCCCCACUGCUUAAGAGACGUCCAAAAAUUCCUGGUGGAGUGCUUCCGGAACAGACGCCGGGACCAGCAGCAGAAGCCCCUGUACCACCACUUCACCACGGCCAUCAACACGGAGAACAUCCGCCUUGUGUUCCGCGACGUGAAGGACACCAUCCUCCACGACAACCUCAAGCAGCUCAUGCUCCAGUGACGCACAGAAGCCUUGCGGCCUUCGUAUCUUUCUGUCUCUUUGGUUGUUUUCGGUUUGUUUUGUUUUUUUAAAUAGAAGUUUACAACAGGAAUUAGAAAAAUCUUGAUUCUGUGUUUAACUUCUUGGGAAUCUCAGUCCUUCCUCUGCGGCCUUUGGUUGUGGCUGAGAGCUGCUGAGUAACACACGGCCGAUACCAGCUGAGGCCUGGCUCUGAUCUCCUUCGCUCCGGCUUCCAUCGGGGUGGAGUCGUUUCCUGCCAGACCUCAGCACGGCAUCCCUCAGGCUUUACAUUCUUCCGCUUUUCGCACUGAGUUCUGCUGUAGUGCCAAGUGUGGAAGGUGCCCUUGAUGUUUGUAGGUGUGAGGUGAAGAGUGUUCGGCUCUGGAACGCGUAAGGCACCUCUGUUCGCCCUGCGGUGGCCGCCACACUUGUGCCCAGCUUUGUGGUGGCCUGUUUUGAAAGGGCCGUUGGAAAAAUGUGUGAUCUAAGGAAUGGCGUUCUGUAGCUUCACCCAGUUUUAGCCUUCACGGUUUUCUGAUUGCUUAUAUACACAACAGUUGUUUUGUUUUUUAAAUUUCUGUGGUUUCUGAAGGCAGUAUUCUGGCGUGUUUAAAGUUUCCAUGAGGAUCUCUGGUCUGACGGUAAUGAAAGCUCACAAAUGGUCCAGGGGGAGCACAAGGCAGGCGCGUGCCGUCCGUAGUGUUCUGAUUAAAAGUCAUGAGUGAAAUGUAAUUUGCCCUUUGCAUAUUUAAAUAGCAUGUAAUCACUGUGCCAUACGGGAAACAUUCUGGCCAUAGCAGCAACUAAAAAAGUGCAAGCAACCUGAUAACAGAACUUUCUAAAUAAAUACACCCUUUCCCAAGAAUAUUAUGUGUUUUACUCUCAGACUUUGAAAUCCUGUCUCAGAUGAUGUGUCCUUACGGUGGGAUCACUGCUGCACCAUCACAAACAUCAUUCUUUUGCUCUCCUGUCUGUUCCCAUCAACUCCAGACGGUGGCAUUUAUGGGAUUUUUUGUUUUUUUGGAGCUUGCCAAGGGCAGUAUUUUCCUGUCACACUAUUCACUAUUAUUUGAGAUUCUUAUUCAUUCUUGGUGUGUCUCUAAAAGAGUAUGUAUGUGUUUGCAACAUUAUUGUUUAUGAAAUUCCAACUUUCUUGAGGUACAUUUUGAAGGUUUCAAGGAUACUUCCAAGAAUAAGUAGUAAUUUUUUUAGUUCAUACUGAAAAGUGAUUUACAUUUGACCUCCUCCACCACUUACCAAAUUAAAAUGUACCCAUGAAGUAGCUUUGCAAUUACAGAUACAUGCAUAGUGAACUCGGAGUGGCUGGGUUGCAGGACUAAAAAUACUGCCCUGUAGGUCGUAUGUAGUGUCAGAAUUGGAUUAGAGAAACACAUGUACAAGACUGGUGACAGUUUGGAAAGUCUGACGGCUUUUCUUCCUUUCCUGAAAAUUGUGAUUAAGACUGUGAUAUCUUUCACUUUACUGUAUAGCUGACUGUGUUCUCAGGUAUUUUAUUGGCUAGAAAGUCCUUGAAAGAUUGGUCAACAUUCUGGAUCACCCAGCCUUUCCAAGACAGUGGCUCUGGGUCUGUCUGUCUGUCUAGUAAGAAUAGGGCUUUGCAGUGAACUGACCAGGGAUUGUUCUCAAUGUACCUGACUUUCCUUGCAUGUGAAACUCCACCAUCAUUACACCCAUAACUGCCAGUGUUUUCGUGUCGUCGUAACACCUGAGCUACUGACACGUAGCCCUACAUCAUGAUGCAGGCGUCCACAGUACAGCAGAGUUGAUGCGCGUCAGAAGAGUUCUGUAUCUAGUGCUUCUUACCAGAAAGAGUGCAUUGCUUAAUCCACAGAGAAUCAUUUCAGGGCUGAGGGGUAUCUGAGUGUGUGCACAGUAACAUGGAGGCUUUGGGUGGAAAGUCUGUGUGUAAAUUUAGCAAAUGGUCCUACCGAAUGGCCAAACAUCAUUUCACUCCAGUGUAAGUAUAAAGAGGAAGGAUACUCUCAGUUAAGUUAUAUUUCAGAUCCGUGAUAUGAACCAUAAAUACUGCCUGACAGAGCACCAUUUUGACUACCACAAAGAAAUGUUAAGACACCAAAUAGAUAGGAUAUUACUUUGGGCAUUUGAGAUUUCCUUUCCUGAUGUGUGUGAAGUCUCAAAGUCAACUUUCUUUUAAAAUAAAACCUAGCCUAUAUUUUGAGGCAGUAAAUUACUUACAUUUAAUGGCAGGCUGGUUUAGACACUCAGUGGAACUUUAAGUUUCAAUUUGAAGGCUUUAGUCCACAUGUUUUAUAUACUGUACUUUUAAACUGUUUGAAGGAGUCCUAUACCUAUAGCAUGAAAACCAGAUCCUGUUGAAAUACCACUGUGUGAAGAGGGAGAUGAAAUUUAGUGGACAAAGUUGAAAGGGUGCUCAUAGUUUUCCCUAUGCCAGUUUCCCCCCAGUCUCUAAAAAUGUAAUUUGGAUUUAAAGCUGUUCAGUGUGUUUGAUUUUCUAAGUCUUCAUGGUUAUGAUUUGGAAUAAAAUGUGCCCAAUUCUCUAUUACAUUCUGUUCUUAAGUCUGAAUGUCUUCUUGCUUAAUUCUUAAGAAAUGUCACACAAGUGUCUUCAUUGAUCUUGAAGAAAUUUAUAGUAUACAGAGUUGCCUUAUAAAUCAAAGAACAGCACAGAUUUUUGCCUUGAUUAUUUUAUAGGGAAGAGGUUUUGUCAAAUGUUUUUCUGAAGAUCCAAAUAAUUUAAUGCCUCUGUCACUUAAAUAUUAUUUUUAAUAACCCGUAUCAUUGCUUGCUGCCAAAUAUUAUAUUGCAAUGAAAUCGUCCUUUCAAUUGUAUUGUCUGGAAAGGGCAUUUGACAGCUAGAGCACAGCAGCAACCAAAGAAGGCAUCGUGGAGUGAAAAUGAUUUGGCUUGGUUUGGUUUGGUUUGGUUUGAAGCUGCGCUGGCGUGUAUUUUACAUGGUGAAGGUCCUCUGGUUAAACUCCCAAGGGAGGUUGUUGAGGGAGGCCCUUGUUCAGUUGUUGGCAGUGGUCAGUAUAAAGUAGAAGAAAGUGAGAUUCCCUUAAUACCAGAAGUGAUUAGAAGUGUUGAUUCAGACUCACAAAAAUCAUAUGCCCCAGAAUUGUUUGUAAGCGGGAAUGAGUAAAUCUGAACUUCCAAUGUAUACCCAAAUACUUGUAUUUAUGCUUUUGGUAAAAUGUAUUUUCAGCAUUAGUACACAUAUCCGGUGUUAUGCUUUAUUUAUAUGAAGAAUAAAGUUACCAAGUUAUGUUCUGUUAUGUUCUGAAACUAAAAUCACUAUCUGAGAAACCCUCAAAUUGGUGCUUUCAUUAUAUAAUGAUACAUUUAGACAAAACCCCAAACCAAGCCAUUUGAAACAAGAUUCUCUUCAUUGCAAUUUGUAGCAAUGUUAUUUCUGUAUAUGUAAUGAGAAGGCUAAAUAUCAGUGUUAACUCUUAAUUUCUUGUUUGAAUCCAUGAAAUCAUGCCUGUAAAGCUCAGUCAAACAUUUGUAAUAAACUCCCUAAUAAAUCUAGAGACAGUCA